AUCAGGAGGAGUACGACCACUACAAUACAAGCACGCUGCUGCUCAUGCAUGUGUGCAAUAAGAGUGAGUGGACCAUACCACAUGUCAGCGUGUUGCACUGGUGCGGAAUUUCCGAGGAGCACUCAGACGUAGCCGACGGCCAAGUGAGCAGCAGGCUUCAGACGCCGAGGCGCAGCACAUACAGAGGAGCCUAUAUUCCCCUUCCUGUGUCCACCAGUUCUGCAUAUUACCUGCUUUCUUCGCGUUUGAAGCUCCUCUCCUCGUCUCGUCCGUUCCAAUGGCUCGCGUCUCGCCUUUCGUUCUUCUCACCGUCUUUCUAGCCUUGGCCGCCAUUCAAGUCCCUACAUCCUCCGCGUUCAACGCUGCUGGCUCGCUUCGCCUCGGUCUCUCCAAGAUCUUCCUCCCCGAGCGGCCGCAGGACGGUCCCUCCGCGUCGCCUUCGUGCAAGUCCAUCGAAUGUCCGCCGUACGAGCUGGUGCACGAGGAGUCGGAUUUCCAGAUUCGUCGUUACAGGAGCGCGGUGUGGGCCGAGACGGACCCUAUUAACGAGGUGUCUUUUAAGAAGGCCGUUUAUGCCGGCUUCCACAGGCUCUUCCAGUACAUUCAGGGUCGCAACGACGAUGGCGUCACUAUCCCCAUGACGGCUCCAGUGCUCACAACCAUCAAACCCUCCGGCGGACCGUUUUGUGCUUCCACCUUCCUCGUCCGCUUCCUCGUCCCGAAGAGCUUCGCCGCGAAUCCCCCGAAACCCGCUUCCGCGCUUAACCUGCACAUCCGUCGCGUGCCGUCGCUCUGCGUCGCCGUGCGAACGUUCUCGGGAUUCGCGACGGAUUUCAACGUCGCGCAGGAGGCGGCGACUCUCGGCGACAGCCUGGCGAAUACGGCGUGGGCGAAUGUUACAGCGGCGGUGGGAGGGGAGGCGUACAGCAUUGCGGAGUAUAACUCCCCGUUUGAGCUGAUUGGCCGGGUGAACGAGAUCUGGGUGCCCUUUAGGGAGGCUACUGGGGAGGGGGAUGAGUGUCUGCCUUAGUGGCAGAUCAUUGGGGAUGCAUGUAUCGGGGAUGUAUGCAUUCCUUAGUCCUCUUAGGUGCUGCCUGGUCGAUUUCUUGUCCUGAGCUGGUCGUUUCCUCCUGUCUUUUUGUGUGGGGGUCGUUAGAAGCAAUGACGGGCCUCCGCCUUGUGGCCUCUUCCUUGCACUCUUGUUUUUUGGGUCUUUUGUCAAGGAGAACCUAGCUCCUGUAAUCUGCCCUGUUUAGAAAACAAUCAAGUGCAAUGUGCUGGAACAUGGGCAUGUUUGCGCACUUGUCUCUUAGGCACCAGCGCAGAUCUGAGUUUCCAUUAUUACCGUAUG